AUGUUCCCGGAUCCUACUGCAUACCUUCCACAGGAAGAGUUUUCGCUCGUCAUUCAGUUACUUUUCAAAACGCAUCCAUACUACCACGAUCGGAACUCCCGGGAUGCUGUUCGGAAGUGCUUUCUUCAGAUGUUUGAGUCAGAGGCGCUUUCUAGCGCAUACCUCAGGUAUCUUGUCGCUGCCACCAAGAACGAAUCACAGAAGGGCGGGAUUGCCCCUUCCAGCGCUUUCGUCUUACUCGAGUGGGCCUCCGUUAUCAUAUCCCAGAUAUCCAAGUCGCUGGAGAUCUUCAGCACUCACAUCAAAGAUCUACUGGUUGUGCAGGUAUCAUUACUAGAAUUGUGCAUUGGGUCACCACAUGCGAAGGGCAGUCUUAAAAAGUCUGCACUCACGGUCGCUAGGCGUGGUCUGCGGGCAGCUUUCUCGACGAAGAAUGAAUACGAGGCUAUUAUCAAGACGAUGGUUGAAGGCCUCACGGCGAGGGGUUCCGCAUCGACACAAAAGAAUGCGCUUUUACUAGGUGUUAUUAGCGGGGUUUGCGCUAGGGUGCCAAAGUUGAAAGAGGUAUUGGAAGGCUUAAAGAAGAGAACUUACGAAUUCUACGUCAGAGAACUCAUCAUGUCAAGGACCCCCAUUCCACAGUAUAUAUCCGAGUCACUUCGUGAUUAUUUCCCAGAAUUCACCACCCCUGAGGAGUUCAGUGCCGAGUUAGUACCUGCAUUGGAUAAGGCCCUUUUGCGGUCUCCUGAGGUUGUGUUGAAUGGUCUGAUUACCUCGCUUUUUAAGUCGCUGUCACCAACAAUUGAUAUAUCUAAGGCAUUGGCUGACAAGUUAUUGAAACCGCUAUUAUCUUCGAUCAAGUCCAGUAACGUCAGCAUUCGUAAUGGCGCUGUCCUUGCAUUCACAACCGCCAUGGAGAAAUCUCUUGAGGGUGAUAAGCAGGCGAUUGGCGAAAUCACAGAUGAAUUGGUGAACCCGGUGAAGACGGGAAAAGUCACAGCUGCGGAUCAACGCGUGUUAUAUGCUACCAUGAUAGAAACACUAUCUUUGUCCGACCAUGUUGGCGGAAAAUUUUCUGCCAACCUUGCUGAGAUUGCCAUCAAGGAACAAAACGAGGCGGUCCUUCUAAAGCUAUCCUCUGCCUUCUUUAAUUCCUUAGCCGGAGAACUCAAGAAAGAGAUCGAGCCAGCGAAAGGUGUGGUUGAUGCCAUCAACAAAGGGUUAACGGAUAAGCGACAAAACUUCAGGCGGACAUGGAUCUUGAGGAUUGGAGACUGGAUUUGGAAUAUGGAAGAGACACCAAAUACCGUCACUAUAAAAUUUUGUGAAAACAUUAUGCAAAAAAUAGUGGAUAACUGGACAGAGGUGGUAACAAACCCACUACCUGCAGCCCAGACUGGUCUCGUUACAGCUGGUUAUGUUUUCACAGCCCUUGCAUUGGAUAAGAUGGCGAAGUGGGAUAAUGAGAAGAUAGCCUUGAUAAUCAAAAAGGCAGACAUAGUCAAACAAUGUCUCGCCACAACACCAAAGCCAUCAUUUCUCUUAAACCACAAAGUCUACUCUAAGCUCACACAGGUUGAUGACCAAAAGUGGGCGAUAAGGGCGCUAGAAGCUACCGCAGAUAAUGUAAAAUACGAAGCCAAUCACGCAGAUGCAUGGGCCCUAGCCUUCUUGUACCUUCUCUGUGCCCACAACUCUUCACUCGAGAUCCGAAAUCAAACCGUGUCUGCUCUCUCCUCCGCUUACCUUCACCACCCAGAGACUAUCGGCAAGGUUGUAUUGAACGGGGUAUGGCAAUGGCUGAGAAAAAUCGAAAAUCACGAGAAAGACAAUGCCCCUUCUGCUGCUAAGACCGGAGGAGCCUAUAUAGGCCUUGCUAUCCAUGCAAUCUGUCUCUCAGACAGCACGGCAGGCAGAGGGCUUGGAACUGGGACCACGCUCGAGGAGGAGAUGGUCAAGAAUCAGCUUGUCAAUCUUGCAGUUGUUACCCAUCACGAGCUUAUGCCAGGCGUUGAUUGGAUCCGCCUUUGCCAGAAGACUGGAGUUGACCCGGGGGAGCUGGCGAGUGAGAAAGCUGCGAGAUUGGUUGGUGAGAUUAGAAUAUAUACGGGUUUAAGUGGGAGAUCCUCCUAUAUUCGGGGAGCUGCCCUGAAGUCAUCAGCAACAUUGGCCUUCGUGGCGCCCGCUGCCAUUACACCCUUGAUUGUCCAGCUAUUCACGGACGAUCUUAAUCCGGCAUUGUUAAAGGGAAUUGGUCCUCAAGAAGCAGCAAUCUGGAAGGCUCCGCCAGGCGUAGCCUAUGUUGAUGUUCUCUCUAAACCCAACGCCAGUGUCAGACAAGAAAAGUCAAAAUAUGCAGAUACUCUGAAGUGGGAAGCAGAACUUCGGGCCCAACUCGCACAGAAGAAAGGUGCCGAACGUAAGCUCACCGCCGAUGAAAAAACAAGGGUGGGAGAGCAGGUGGCAAAAGAGGCAGUAGUUCGGAAAAAUGUGGAAGAGGUUAAUCUCAAGUUGAGCAGAGGUAUAGGCAUCAUUCGGUGCCUUGCUGAAGGGCCGCCUACUGCCGUAGAGAUGUGGAUGGGCGCAGCGGCGAGCGCAGCACUUAAGGUGAUGGAAGCCGGAGCCGGACUGAUUAUUGGUGAUAGUGGGGUCAAAGCGUACCUGGCCAGCGCGGAACAUGUAUCAUCUAGACUCGGGGCUCUGAGGCCAUUUAUUGGUAUCGCGAGUCUCAGGGCGUUGAAAAUUAGAGAAUUAUCUCCCGAGGUACAAGAGGAACCACUCGGAGUUCUUGCAACACGUCUAUUAUAUCGACUUCGCUUUACCGGAGAGCAGCGCCCCUUCGAUACCGUCUCGCUUGUUUACUUACUAUCCUUCGUUAGUUUAAUUUUAGAGAAAGGAGGUGUAGGUGCAGCAGAAGCGUCAGAAGAGGCUGACGAACAAAUUGUACUCGCAAUUGAGUUCCUAUCGUUCCAUACAGAAUCAUGUGUCGACCCCAACAUUCCUCGCGGGAAAAUAUUGAAACUUUUGAUCAACUCUAUGCAGCGAUAUACUGCACACUAUAAACCAAUCAAGGAUUGCCUUCUUGAUCUGUGCAGAUGUAUUUCCAGCUCAAUAUCACUGGAUGAGAUCAAAAUCCUAGUAGGCGGUGUUAUUUCACAAGAAGUCAAUGUUCGGACGGCAAUCUUACAGGCUAUCGAUGCAGAAAUUGAUCUCACAGAUUUUGACUUUUCCGAGGAGCUUUGGUUGGCCUGCCACGACGAGCUCGACGAUAAUAUAGAACUAGCAAAAUCAAUAUGGGAGGAGAACGUCCUGGAAGUUCACGAGGAUUCUGCCCGAAAAAUUAUUCCAUUUUUGGAAUACAUGGAUAAAUCACUAAGAGCAGCGGCAGCGAGAAGUUUAGCGGAAGCUGUCAGACAAUUUCCCGAUGUUUUCUCGAAUAUACUUGAUACCCUACAGGACCACUACCGCGAGAAGGCCAAACCUAUUCUUCCUGUCUAUGACGAGUUCGGUAUGCUUAAGAAAGUCGAUAACCGCGAUCCCUGGGAGUCCAGGAGUGGCCUUGCACUUGCUUUCAAGGAGCUAGCACCAAUCUUCGCCCCAGCCAGGCUUGUGGGAUUUUGUGCAUUUCUAAUUGAAGAGGGGCCGCUCGGCGAUCGAAACCACGCUGUCCGAGAAGAAAUGAUUGAAGCCGCUACCGCAAUCAUUGCAGCCCAAGGCGCCGCCCACGUAGAAGAACUUAUGGAAGUUUUUGAGCAGAGCCUAGAAGGACCUGAUGAUGGAUCAGAGCUUCGUGAUAGAAUCAACGAAGCCGUUAUCAUUCUUUAUGGUGCUCUUGGAAGACAUUUAGGAAGUGGGGACAAGCGGAUACCCGGCGUCGUUGACCGACUACUGGCCACACUAAGCACCCCAAGCGAGACGGUGCAGUACGCAGUUGCGGAAUGUCUGCCCCCACUAAUCAAAGCCUCGAGGGAUAGGGCUCCAGAUUACCUCAAGAAAUUACUAGACCAGAUAUUUACAGCUAAGGCUUACGCUGCACGCAGGGGGGCCGCAUAUGGCCUUGCUGGUGUGAUCAAAGGACGGGGUAUAUCCGCGUUGAAGGAUUACAGGGUCAUGUCAACGCUUCGGGGGGCAGUUGAGAACAAGAAGGAGCCUAAUGCACGCCAGGGUGCCCUUUUCGCUUUUGAACUCCUUUCGUUGAUCCUUGGGAGGCUGUUCGAACCAUACGUGAUCCAGAUACUGCCACUUUUGCUCCAGAGCUUUGGAGACGGUGUCAUUGAUGUUCGGGAGGCUUGCUCAGAUGCUGCCAAGGUCUGUUUCUCGAGCUUAAGUUCGUAUGGUGUCAAAGUCAUUCUUCCGGAUCUAUUGGAAGGUCUUGAUGAACCGGCAUGGAGAAGCAAGAAGGGCGCUUGCGAAACCCUCGGGGCUAUGGCCUAUCUAGCACCUCACCAAUUGGCUAUUAGCCUUCCCGAGAUUAUUCCACCAUUAACUACUGUCCUGAAUGAUUCGCAUAAAGAAGUUCGAGCAGCCGCGAACCGAAGUUUGAAGAAAUUUGGUGAAGUCAUCAGCAACCCCGAAGUCAAGGACGUAGUGGACGUUCUAUUGAAGGCGCUCAGCGAUCCUACAAAGUAUACGGAUGACGCCCUAGAUGCCCUUAUGAAAGUGUCGUUCGUGCAUUAUCUAGAUGCUCCAUCGCUGGCAUUGAUUGUCCGCAUCCUGGAACGAGGCCUUGGGGACCGAUCUGCCACAAAACGGAAGGCCUCUCAGAUUAUCGGCUCUUUGGCACAUCUUACGGAGAGGAAGGAUGUCAUGGUUCACAUCCCCAUUUUGGUAUCUGGCCUGAAGCAAGCAAUUGUCGAUCCGGUGCCCGCUACAAGAGCCACCGCUUCGAAAGCACUCGGAUCACUUGUCGAGAAGCUUGGCGAGGAUGCUCUACCGGAUAUCAUUCCUGGUCUUAUGGCUACUCUCAAGUCCGACACUGGUGCCGGAGACAGAUUGGGUUCUGCGCAAGCACUCUCGGAAGUUCUCUCUGGACUUGGUACCCAGCGCUUGGAGGAGACUCUUCCAACGAUUCUCCAAAAUGCCAACAGCUCGAAACCAUCUGUUCGCGAGGGAUUCAUGUCACUGUUCAUCUUCCUACCAGCUUGUUUUGGAAACUCCUUCAGCGCGUAUCUCAGCAAGAUUAUUCCACCAAUUCUCUCUGGUCUUGCGGAUGAUAUCGAAUCUAUUAGAGAGACCUCCCUGCGCGCUGGCCGUCUAUUGGUCAAGAAUUUCGCAACUAGAGCUAUCGACCUGCUGCUGCCCGAACUCGAGGGAGGGCUUGCAGAUAACAAUCAUAGAAUCCGUCUGUCCUCCGUUGAGCUAGUUGGGGAUCUUCUCUUUAACCUUACUGGUAUCAGUGGUAAAUCCGAGCAAGAUGAUAUGGAGGCAACCGGAGAAAUCGGAAGCUCUCUCCUUGAGGUCCUCGGUAAGGAGAAACGCGACAAAGUUCUUUCGGCACUCUACAUAUGCAGAUGCGAUACAUCUGGUCAAGUUAGACUUGCAGCCGUUGCAGUUUGGAAAGCGCUUGUGGCAAGCCCCAGAACACUCAAGGAGUUGGUACCGACUCUCACUCAGUUCAUCAUCCGACGGCUCGCGAGUUCGAGCGCAGAACAAAAGGUUAUCGCUGGACAGGCACUUGGAGAACUUAUCCGAAAAGCUGGCGAGGGUGUGCUAUCAACCCUACUACCAACACUAGAGGAAGGCCUUCGCUUCGCUACUGAUACGGAUGCCAAGCAAGGUAUCUGUAUUGCCCUCAAGGAAGUAGUCAAUUCUACGUCUCCCGAGUCACUAGAGGAUUAUGAAACUACUCUAGUAUCCGUUGUACGAACAGCACUAGUAGAUGCAGACGACGAUGUGAGAGAGGCCGCGGCAGAGGCGUUUGACGCUCUUCAGAAAUUCAUUGGCAAGAGGAUCGUCGACCAAGUUCUUCCCCAUCUCCUCAGUCUUCUCAGGUCGGAGGACGAUGCAGAGCACGCUUUGGCGGCACUGCUCACAUUACUUACAGAACAAACUCGUUCCAAUAUUAUUCUGCCCGUCCUCAUUCCUACAUUGCUGGCUCCCCCGAUUUCACACUUCAAUGCUCGUGCACUUGCAUCACUCGCGGAAGUUGCCGGCAGCUCAUUGAACAGGAGGCUGCCUAAUAUCAUGAACUCACUGAUGGACAAUAUCAUUGCCUGCCAAGACGAAGAGCUGCUGGUGGAUCUCAAUGCCUCCUUUGAUUCAGUCCUUCUCUCGGUGGACGAGUACGAUGGUCUGAACACAGCAAUGAACGAAAUGCUGAAAUUAGUCAAGCACGAUGAUCACAGAAAGAGAGCGGCUGCCUGCGGGCACUUUGCCAAAUUCUUUGCGGAAACAGACGUGGACUACUCUAAAUAUACCCAAGACUGUGUCCGCGUGCUACUGAUCUCCUUCGAUGACCGUGAUACACAGGUGGUGAAGAACGCCUGGAGCGCCCUCAACGAGCUAACCAGGAAGCUCAAAAAGGAAGAAAUGGAAGCCCUCGUAUUCUCGACCAGACAAGUCCUCCAGCAAGUCGGUGUUCCCGGAGUAGAAUUACCAGGUUUCUCUCUACCCAAAGGAAUCAAUGCCAUACUCCCCAUCUUCUUGCAGGGCCUAAUGUAUGGAACUCCCGAUCAGCGAACUCAAUCCGCGCUAGCAAUAUCAGACAUCAUCGACAGGACCAACGGCGAAUCAUUACGUCCUUUCGUCACCCAGAUCACCGGGCCAUUGAUUCGUGUCGUUUCGGAGAGGUCUGUGGAUAUCAAGGCCGCGAUCUUACUAACCUUGAAUUCGUUACUACAAAAGAUCCCGACGUAUUUAAAGCCGUUCUUACCCCAGCUGCAGAGAACCUUUGCGAAAUCCCUGGCAGACACAUCGAGUGAGCUUUUGAGAACCAGGGCGGCCAAGGCUUUGGGAACUCUUAUCACUUUGACACCUAGAAUUGAUCCUCUGAUUUCCGAAUUGGUAACGGGAGCAAAGACACCUGACCCCGGUGUGAAGGAUGCCAUGAUGAAAGCCCUCUACGAAGUCGUCAGCAAGGCUGGCGGGAACAUGAGUGAACCAUCCAAAGCAUCUAUACUCUCACUCAUAGAAGACGACCUCGACCAGGACGACGACCGCAUGGCCAUUGCCGGAGCCCGCCUAUUAGGUGUCCUAGUACCCCAUCUCUCCCCAGGCGAUUCCAGCAGAGUGAUACGAACCCACGCGGUUUCGAACGCCUUCACAAAAGCAUCGGUUCUUGGCCUCAACGCCGUGCUUGUGGAGUCGCCUGCUAGUCUAACCGAAUCCCCCUUCUUUGAGGAGACGCCGCCGAUUAUCUGUCAAGGAAUAUCACACAAGAACCCCUUCAUAUCAGACAACUGCGUUUUGGCCGCAGGUAAACUCUUGAUAUCCUCGGACCUGAGCAAGUCCUUCGAGACAGCAAAGAACAUCCUGGAGUCGCUCACACAAGCCAUAAAAAGCCCUGUAAGCGCAUCGACAGAUACAAAACGUCUGGCGCUAGUUGUUAUCCGAACUGUCAGCCGCCUACAACCAGAAAUGAUCAGACCCCACCUCCCUCUCCUAGCGCCCGUGAUCUUCUCCUCGGUCCGGGACAUGGUCAUCCCCGUCAAGCUCUCGGCAGAACAGGCAUUCAUAGCCAUCUUCCAGGUAGUCCAGCAGGGCGACGCGGUCUUCGAGAAGUAUAUCGGCACGGUGGAGGGGCCGCAGAAGCGCAGCAUGCACGACUACUUCCGUCGCGUGGCGAUGAAGCUAGCUGCCGCGGAGAGGGAGAGGAACGAGGCGGGCGGUGCGGGACUGGGCUUGAACAGCGAUGAGGAGGAGGAUAUGAAGGAGAUUAUGAGCGUUGGGCGGGCCGAUAGUGAUGGGUGGGUGAGCAAUGAUUGA